AUGAUAUCGAUAAAACAAGUAUUUUAUGUCAGUGGACUAUGUCUUUUAUUAAUUUUAUUGUAUCGAACAUUCAUCGUAUUUUCACCUGACAAGGAUUUGUUUGAAAAAUGUUCAACGUCUCAUGACCAUUCGCUUAGUUUGAACAAUGAACGUUUGAAUGCAUUGCAAACAAUAUUGAAAUAUAAAACAGUUUCAAUAAAUAUUCGAAAUCAAAAUUAUGAUGCACUACAACAAUGUCGAUCUUAUAUUAAACAACGUUAUUCAAAUAUACUUGAAAAUAAAUUUGUUGAAAUAAAUGAUAUUGCUACAUAUUCAAUAUUAUAUACAAUAAAAGGAACAGAAACCAGGUUAAAACCUUAUUUAUUAUCAGCGCACAUAGAUGUAGUACCGGCAAAUAUUGACAAAACGAAUGGUGAGCAAUGGAAACAUGCACCUUUCGAUGCUGUGAUUGAUGGUGAAUUUAUAUAUGGACGAGGCACGUUGGACGACAAAACAACCGUCUUUGGAGUGAUGGAAGCAGUACAGGAAUACAUUAGAAUUAAUGGUCAGCCCCGUCGAACAUUUUAUGUGGCAUUAACUCAUGAUGAAGAGGUAAAAUCAAGAAAUAAGUUGAGUUAA